AAAUGGACGUAAACCCACUUACUAGACUGUCAGGCUAUUUUAAAUAAGUACAGGCUCCCUAAUUGUAGUGCAUUUCACAUCAGCGUUCACGUUACGAGAAGCACGGAUUGGUUCGUCGUUGCAUUUUACGGACUAUUUGAGAGUGGAGGAUUUAGUUUUUUCAUCUCUGAAAAUUACUGGAGUGGAUUGAUCAACUUCAGACUUCAGCAUGCCUCGGUCAUUCCUGGUAAAAAAGUAUUUCACCAGCAAGAGGCCAAACUACAGCGAACUGGAAUGUCAGAACGACACUUCAGCAGACAGAUACCCACUAGCAGAGCUUCCAGCAGUCAGCAAUGACUUCCCAGUGACGUGUUUGACCACUGGACUUGUCUGGGACGUCAGCUUGCUACCUUCCCUUCACAAUCCCACAUCCCCAUCCACCCUCUCCACAAACCAGGGCCCGCUGGAUCUCAGCUCCCCAUCCAGCAUCAGCUGCAGCAGCAGUGGGGAAGAAGAUGAAGGACGGACGUCAGAUCCCCCGAGCCCAGAUUCCUCCGACACCUAUCACCCCCAGCAGACCAGCAGGCCGAGACGCACCAACAAGAGCAGGGCAGGACAGAGAGAGGACAAAAGCGAGGCUGCUGUCACCGCCGCCAGUCGACCAGCCUUCUUCUGCAAGCACUGUCCUAAAGAAUACAACAGCCUCGGGGCGCUGAAGAUGCACAUCCGCUCCCACACACUGCCCUGCGUCUGUCCCACCUGCGGAAAGGCCUUCUCCAGACCCUGGCUGCUAAGAGGUCACAUUCGCACACAUACUGGUGAGCGACCAUUCUCCUGCCCACACUGUAACCGUGCCUUCGCAGACCGCUCGAACCUGCGCGCGCACCUGCAGACCCACGCAGAUGUGAAGAAAUACCAGUGCAGCACCUGCUCUCGCACCUUCAGCCGCAUGUCACUGCUGCAGAAACACAGCGCGGCUGGUUGCUGUCCCUCCACGGCCAAUGCCCAAUAGCCAUUUCAUUCUAAUUCAGGACUUAUGAGAAAAGUAUUUCUUCUCCAAACAGGCACAAUAUGCAACAGGAGAAGGAUGACGCAACAUUAAAGCGGACUUCUUAAAACAUUUCCAAAUGCCUUUUUCCUCGAACCAAAAUACUUCAGAUGAAGGAAUUAUGAAUGUUAAGGGGGUCCUGAAGCAGCUGCUGUCAGGUUGGGGGUGGGUUGACUAUGGUAGGGUAUGUCUCUCAGCAUGACACACACACACACACACACACACACACACACACACACACACACACACACACACACACACACACACACACACACACACACACACACACACACACACACACACACACACACACACACACACACACACAGACAGAGACAGCUGUUGUGUGGUGCGGAGGCAGUGUACUAACAGGUGCCCUGACCGCCAUGUCUCUGAUAACAGGUGGCGUCUGCUGAUUUCUCUAGAAACACACUUGGAGAGAGUCCUGAUGGAGCACAGUUGACUGCUUUACUUUUUUUUGUUGUUGGUUUUAGAGGUUUGUAGCUUGCAUGCGGACGGUGCAUCGCAUGUUUUUUCCAAUAAUUCUUUUCACCAAAGAUUGUUUUUUUACUCUGUCUAUUGCUCUCUUUUUUUGUACAGUUUUAAAUGCACUCCAGUUUACCAAAGAGUAUUGAAGUCCAUUUAUUUUGUAUUAUUAUAACAAAUGAUUGGACCAUUGGAACCAAAGCCAUGCUUUUCUUUUUUUGUGUGUGUGUGUGUAAUUUAAAAAGUUUAGAGACACUUCUGAAUUUGUGAAGAAACGGACAUUCUUAUUAAACUACCACCAAUUUUUAUACACAUCUUUAUAUUCCAUCAACUUAUCGUCACAUUUUAUUGAUGCCAGAAUUUGUGCAUAAAGUGUUUUCUUAAAA